AUGCAAGCAGGGGGUCCCGAUAGUACAGCGGCCUCUGAGGCCCCGAGCAGUGGGAGUGAAGAUUCGGAUUGUGAGUUUGGUCCGGAGACUGAAGCAGAGGCCUCUUUGACGGAAGAAUGGGCCCGGGAACUGCUAGUUGAUUGGGGUGUGGUUGACCCUCAAGAGAUUCGAGUUGAGUCUCGGGCAGGCGUGGCUGGAGCGUUGAGUAGAGUACUAGCUGUAACAGUUCGAUACGAAAGUAACGGUGAAAGACAUUCUUUGCCUCUUGUCGUCAAACUUCCACCGAGAGAUCCCUUUGGGCGGCUCUUUGUAGCUGAAGCACAAUUCGAUACCAGAGAAAUAUUAUUCUAUACGGAAUUAGCGCCCGCCCUUAAUAAAUUGGCUCAAGAAGCUUUAGGACCGGAUGAAUGUUUGCCAGUGCCAAGAUGCGUAAAAGCUAAAUUACCAGAUGAAAUUGGCGGUGACAGUGAGCUGGUUUUGGAAGACGUGACGUCAGUUGGUUUUGAUUCGGCUGAUUUUGCAGAAGGGUUGUCGGUAGAUCGCGCUAGAGCAGCAUUGUUUGCCGCUGCUAGACUCCACGCGUUGUCACUGGCACUUCGCGAUAGAGAAGGGCCACUAGAUCAAAGAUUCGACUUCCUUUUUCCAUGUGAAAGGGCUGCCGCUGGUUACUUGCGCUUAGUGCGAAGAGGUUUACCUCAAUUGGAAGCUUUUCUUCGUGGCAGAAGUGACUGUGUUGAGGAAGCUGCGGCUGUCUCGGUUUUAAGUGCUCGCGCGCCUUCUCUUCUCGGUACAUUACUUCAACCCGCCGAACCAGCUUCGCUAGCCCAUGCAGAUUUUUGGAGUGGAAAUCUUCUUUUCCGAGAGAGAGACGGUAUAAACGAGUGCAUUGCUCUCGAUUGGCAAAUGGUAUCUCUUGGCCGACCUAUGGAUGAUGUGGCAUUGUUACUUCUUUCGUCUUUAACGCCCGAAUUGAGACGAGCAAUAGGAGAUUCAUUGAUUGAUGACUACGGAGACCGUUUAGAAGCAGAGUGUGUACGACUGGGUGUGGCUUCUUCUGGAGAGAUUGUGAGGCGAAGUUUGAAACAAGACUGGCCGCGUGCGGCUCUUAGAGCGCUUUUGCUUUGCGCUGGAAGUGUAGAUGUUGCAUUAGGGGAGCCGCGCGCCGAGCAACGACUUCUAGAAGCUGUAAGAGAUCUUUAUGCUCAAGGAAUACUUGACUUGAAAGCUGAAUCGGAAUCGUGA